UUCAAAAUAUCAAUCCAAAGUCAUGGACUCAACUAUAUUUGCCAUCUUCUUCAUUGCUUUUCUUGCUACCACAAGAGCUUUUGAUCCAUGCCCAACUUUGAAACCAAAAUCAGAUGCUUCGGAUCUUUCCAUCAUCCAUAUAUACGGUAAAUGCUCACCGUUUGACUCACCAAAGCCUACUUCUUCAUGGGCCACUACGGUCCUUAACAUGGCCGCUAAAGACCCUCAACGGCUAAGCUACUUGUCGAGCCUUGUUGCCUCAAAGCCCGUAACUUCUGUGCCAAUUGCACCGGGCCAAGUCAUAAAUAUUGGUAACUAUGUGGCCCGUGUGAAAAUUGGCACACCCCCGCAACUUAUGUUCAUGGUGUUGGACACUAGUGCAGACACUGCAUGGCUUCCAUGUAAUGGAUGUACGGGUUGUUCAUCCACUACAUUCUCUCCUAACACGUCAAGCAGUUAUUUAACGGUAGAUUGUGCAACUUCAGAGUGUGUUCAAGCCCAUGGGCUUUCAUGUCCAACAGUUGGACCGACACUUGGUAAUUGCUUGUUUAACCAAUCAUAUGGUGGUGAUUCCUCAUUUUCAGCUAUGUUAUCACGUGACAAUCUUCAAUUGGCAAAUGACACGAUCCCUAGCUAUGUUUUUGGGUGCAUAGGCUCUGUCUCAGGUAAAUCAAUCCCUCCUCAAGGGUUAUUGGGCUUGGGCCGAGGAUCUUUGUCAGUGCUUUCUCAAUCUGGAUCAUUGUACUCGGGUGUGUUCUCAUAUUGUUUACCUAGUUUUAGAUCUUACUAUUUCUCGGGUUCACUUAGACUUGGCCCUAAUGGUCAGCCCAAAACCAUCAAAUACACACCACUUCUAAAUAACCCACGUCGACCUUCAUUAUACUAUGUGAAUCUCACCGGCAUAAGUGUGGGUCGAGUCAAGGUACCUAUAGCUCAAGAGCUACUUGACUUCAACCCAACCACCGGUGGAGGAACCAUUAUCGAUUCAGGCACAGUCAUAACACGAUUUGUGCCUGAUGCUUAUAACGCAAUUAAGGAGGCAUUUAGGAACCAAACACAAGGGCCGUUUUCUUCAUUAGGUGCAUUUGACACAUGUUUCUCUGUGACACAUGAAGAGGUCGCCCCCAAAAUGACACUACAUUUUUCGGGGCUGGACAUCGUUCUACCUAUGGAGAACACAUUGAUACAUAGCAGUGCCGGGUCACUCGCUUGCUUGGCAAUGGCAUCAGCCCCCAAUAAUGUGAACUCGGUGUUGAAUGUUAUUGCAAAUUUGCAACAACAAAACUUAAGGAUUUUAUUUGAUACUGCUAACUCUCGUGUGGGAAUUGCUCGUGAGAUUUGCAACUAAAAUGUACCUUUUUCUUCCUUCUGUUUUAUUUUUGAAUAUGUAAAAGAAUUCAAUCUCAAGUUGUACUAAAACAAGAUUUUGACAAAUAAAACUUGUCAUCUUGGAAUUGCUUGUAUUUCUUUUUAUGAAAUUUUAAAAUUUUCUUUUCGUCUGA